CACACUCUCUCUCUCUCUCUCUCUCUGAGCUCCGGCGGCUCCAUGUCUCUCCUGGCGUGUCUUUCGUCGGUGGGAAUGAUGAGGACAGACGUGGUUCUUCACAGGAGGAAGCGCAGAGACGUUCUGCUGUACAUCAUCGCUGUAGUUUUGCUGAUAUUCGCAGUGGUUCAUCUCGUCUUCUACGCUGGAAAGAGUUUUCAGGGUUCGGCUGAAGUGAGAGUCCGGCGGGAUCUCGAUAAUGCAUCUGACUGCAUCCCGCCACAGUCGUCUGAAUUUCCUGAAGGAUUCUUCACGGUUGAGGAGAGGAAGGACGGAGGGAUUCUGAUUUAUUUCAUGAUCAUUUUCUACAUGCUUCUGUCCGUGUCCAUUGUGUGUGGUGAUUACUUCCUGCCGUCUCUGGAGCUCAUCAGCGAGCGUCUCGGUCUUUCGCAGGACGUCGCUGGAGCUACUUUCAUGGCCGCCGGGAGCUCAGCACCGGAACUCGUCACGGCGUUUCUGGGUGUGUUCGUGACGAAGGGAGACAUCGGUGUGAGCACCAUCAUGGGAUCGGCCGUCUAUAACCUGCUGUGCAUCUGUGCGGCGUGUGGCCUGCUGACCUCUGCGGUGGGUCGUCUCUCCUGCUGGCCGUUGUUCAGGGAUUGUGUGGCGUACGCCAUCAGCGUCACCGCAGUCAUCGCCAUCAUCUCAGAUAACAGAGUUCACUGGUAUGACAGCGCCUGUCUUCUGCUGGUGUAUGGCGUGUACGUGUGUGUGCUGUGUUUCGAUCUGAAGAUCAGUGAGUACGUGAUGCAGCGCUUCAGCCCGUGCUGCUCGUGUCUGAAUAAGAGCUUGCGGGAGCACGACGAACAGCAACCGCUGGUGGGAUGGAGCGACGACAGCAGCCUCCGCCUUCACCGCCGCUCCCGAGCCGACAGCGGCAUCUUCCAGGACGACUCCGGAUAUUCCCACCUCUCGCUCAGCCUGCACGGUCUUAACGAGAUAACCGACGAGCAGAAGAGCGUGUUCACGAUGCCGGAGCACGAUCUGAAGCGGAUCCUGUGGGUUCUGUCGCUGCCGGUCGUCGUGCUGCUGUUCCUGACCGUUCCCGACUGCAGGAGACGCUUCUGGAGGAGGUGCUACAUGAUCACCUUCCUGAUGUCGGCCGUCUGGAUCUCCGGAUUCACAUACGUGCUGGUGUGGAUGGUCACCGUCGUCGGCGAGACGCUGGGAAUCCCGGACACAGUGAUGGGAAUGACGCUCCUGGCGGCAGGAACCAGCAUCCCGGACACCGUGGCCAGCGUGAUGGUGGCUCGCGAAGGUAAAGCUGACAUGGCCAUGUCCAACAUCGUGGGCUCAAACGUCUUCGACAUGCUGUGUCUGGGUCUGCCGUGGUUCAUCAAGACGGUGUUUGUGGACUCUGGGUCUCCGGUGGAGGUCAACAGCAGCGGCCUGGUCUUCAUGUCCUGCACGCUGCUGCUCUCCAUCGUCUUCCUCUUUGUGUCCGUUCACAUCAACGGCUGGAAGCUGGACUGGAAGCUGGGUCUGGUGUCUCUGGUGUGUUACGUGCUCUUCGCCACGCUGUCCAUCCUCUACGAGCUCGGGAUCAUCGGGAACAAUCCCAUCCGCGCCUGCGCCGACUGAUGAGCACUGCAAUGAUACACAGCUGGGGAACCAUCGUGUGAGGACACUUUAUGGACAAAAAGUUUUUUUCACUGCAUUGCUUUUAGUGCAUCAGUGCCUCAUGUUCAUGUCAAACAAUGGGCCAUGAAGUGAUUCUGUAACAAGGGAUGCUUUUGACCUCACUGUAUCAUGAAACAUUCACACAUUCACAUAAAACAUUCUUUUAUGCUCUUCAAUCAUGUUAAACUAAAGCAAUAAGCCCUGUGAAGCCGUGGUGAAGGGGCGUUGUUAGGUAAAUUCACUG